CAUACCAUGCACACAUGAAUCCACCUAAUGCAUUAAAUUAACUAGCCUCCCAAAAAAUGACUAUAAAAUAUGUUGGCCUUAAGAUAUAGUUUUUCAAAAUCACCACAAUUAAGCUAUAGGUAUGAGGAUGAUGAAGAUGAGGUUCACUAAAGAAACUAUAAUAAUAAAACCAUCAUCAUCAGUUGUAGUAUUGAUGAUUUGGUUUUGGCUCAGUGGUUUGGGUUGUUCACAGCCACAGCAACAGCAGAGUCAAGUGCCCUGUUUUUUCAUUUUUGGUGACUCUUUGGUAGACAAUGGAAAUAACAAUGGUAUUAUUUCUCUUGCCAGAGCCAAUUACCAACCCUAUGGUAUUGACUUCCCACAAGGCUCAACUGGUCGUUUCACCAACGGCCGUACAUUUGUCGAUGUUCUAGCUCAACUAUUCGGGUUUCGAACUUAUAUACCACCUUAUGCUAGAACCAGAGGCCGUGCACUACUUAGAGGAGCGAAUUAUGCAUCUGGUGCAUCUGGAAUUCGAGAUGAGACCGGAAAUAAUCUGGGAGGUCACUCGUCUAUGAACGACCAAGUAUCCAAUUUUGGUGAAACAGUAGAACAAAUGAGAAGGUUUUUCAGAGGAGAUACCAAUGCACUAAACACUUAUCUCAGCAAAUGUAUAUUUUAUUCUGGGUUGGGAAGUAACGAUUAUCUUAACAAUUAUUUCAUGACUGAUUACUACUCAACUAGCUCACAAUACACACCAAGAGCUUAUGCUUCAGCACUUAUUCAAGACUACACACGUCAACUCACUCAAUUGUAUCGAUUGGGGGCUCGAAAGAUGAUUGUUACAUCAGUGGGCCAGAUUGGUUGCAUACCAUAUGAGUUAGCUAGAUUCGAUGGUAACAACAGCCGAUGUAAUGAAGAUAUCAAUAAGGCUAUACAAAUUUUCAACACACAGAUUAUAAGACUGGUCAACCGUUUCAACAGUCAAUUCCCAGGAGCCAAAUUUGUGUACAUGGAUUUUUAUCAGAGCACCGUUGAUCUAUACCGGAAAGCAAGAUCCUACGGUUUUGAGGAGUUAGACAAGGGUUGUUGUGGAGUUGGAAGAAACAAUGGGCAAAUUACUUGUUUGCCACUUCAACAGCCAUGUGAAGAUCGUAGCAAGUAUUUGUUUUGGGAUGCUUUUCAUCCAACUGAAGCUGUCAACAUUAUAUUAGGCAAAGCUGCUUAUGGUUCCAAAACGCAGUCGUAUACAUAUCCCAUAAAUAUCCAACAGUUGGUUUCACUUUGAUUAAUAUAUAAUUAAUAUUCAUACAAUAUAAUUAAUUAAUUUUCAUUUUACUUUUCCUAAUGUUCCAGAGAUAAGAAUAAGAAGCUCUUUAUUCUUCUUCUUAAUGUAAUAAAAGCACAUUGAUAUAAAUUAAUAAUAAUAAUAAUCUCAGAACAAUAUUAAUUGUCUUUGAUC